AUUUUUUGCACGAUCGGUAUUUCAGUAUAGGACACAAAGUCUUGUAAAGUGAUAGAUCUAUCCUAUACCUUGUCUGUGGUAUAGCGUAUGACGAAUGCAUUGCUCCUUGAUGACAAAUUGAUCGAACAAUUAGCCGAUCUUAAGAAUGGCUAGAGCAAGCAAUUAAACGAGUGUGCAGCCACAGUUAUGAUCGAUCGGUAUAAAUCGACACGGAUAUAUAAGGAAUCCAUCGUAAUGUAUUCGUGCCGAUCAACUUUUAUCAACAGCGUUUUAAUACAGUGCGUUAUAGGAGAAGAAACGCGAUACGUAAAGGCGCAAGCGGGCCAUACGAUAUCUACGGGAGACAUUUUUUUUUAAAGAUGCCUUCAAAUAUAGAAAUGAAUAAAUGGGCUACAAAAUUGACAAUCAUCUUUCAGCUGACUAUCUGGAGUAUAAUUGGAUUCAUAUUUCUACAAAAAGGUGUAAUUUCGCUAUGUGAAAAGACGAAAGCACGAAAUGAUACAAUUAACAUGCAGGAAAAAUUCUCGAGAUGGAACAAAGGUGAAUUGUUUCGAGAAUCGAAUGUCACAGAAAAUCGUUUUAAAAUUAUAAAAUUUCAAAUCGGAACUCAGCGAGAAGACAUCGCUGUUGAUCAUUCUGGUGAUACUGUAUCAGAUGAACAGUGGCCCCGCGAAUUAUUUGCUUCCGAUAAAACGGAUAGUAUCGGCAGCGGAAUAUCUAGAACGAUAUCAACAAUCAAAAGACGUACGACGAUUCAUCGUAAACAAGAUGCUAAAGACGUAUAUUCGACUCAAACUUCAACUAUUUAUUCAAACAACAGAAAUGAAGUAGAGAAAGUAAAUCACAAAGUGAACGUUAUUUUACCACUUACUUCCAAUAAAAAUCCCUAUGAGACAGAAGACACUGUAAUAAAUAAUAGCACGCCAAGCGCCACGUUUGAAUCGAAAGACUUUGGUACGACUAAUUUGAUCAAAUUGACUGAAAGAAAUUUCUUCGAGCAUGAACAUAAUAAAAUAUCCGACGAAAGUAUAGGAAAGAACAAGAAUGAAACAAAAUCGCGACGCCGCCCUGUAAAUCGAGUCGGGACGGCUAUUGCUAUAACCAUGCUUGUGAUCGGCGUUGUUAUGUUACUUAUAGGACCGCUUAUAGUUAUUAUUCGUACUUUUAACAAUAGAAGGCGAAACAGACAGAUGUUAAAAUCAAGGUGUUAUAAUGAUCAACCACCAACUUACGAAGAAGCAACACUAAUGGAUGAAACACCGAGAUACUCCACACUCCAACUGGAUGCAACCAUCGAUUCCUUUUCUCCUUAAUUCCUUAUAUCGUUGUUUCAUUUUCUUCUUUUUUAAUUCGCCCUUGAUGCAUCUCCGCUCGAAAGUCUCAAGACAGUUAUAUUUACUUUAAAAUUAAAAAAUAUUAAACAAUCGUUAAGAGAUACAAAGAAAUAAUUUAAACGUAUAGUUUAUAGGACAAAGAAAGUAAUUUAUGCAUAAAGUGUUGGUGUAUUAACAAGCUUUAAAAAUGCAUAUAAUCUACACUAAAUACUGAAGUUUUGUUAAAAAUGUAUAAAUAUAUGUCCUAAGAUCUUUGAGCGGAAGUGUAUAUUAUAUUUUCCAUCAAGUCCGUUCUCCAUUUCUAUGUUUUUCAUCUUCAGGAUUUUUCGUUAUCCGUUUUAUUUUAUUGCCUCAAAAGGCGUUAAAAGUCUUUAAUCUAAGCGUAAACAAAUGAUUUUAUCUUGUAAUUUGUAUUUAAUUGAAAACUAUAUAUAUACAUACAUACAUACAUACAUACAUACAUACAUAUAUAUAUGUAUGUACGGCAUAAUUUUUAAUAUGUA